UACUCUCAGCUGUUUUCAGUGGCUGAGAUCAGCUAGUAAUCAGUAGCACAAGGAAGUCAUGCUUGUUGUCUAAAUUUACUGUUCUUGUGUGGAAUACAAAAGUAUUUAGGAUCCCAACUACAGCUUAACACUGUUGUCUGGCAGAUUACUGACACACAGGAAAACCAGCAGUCACUGUGGAACUUAAGAAGAUGUAAAGCUUUUACAGAACCUAUAAGCUGCUUAUUGUUUUUGUGUACCAGCGUACACAAUACAAUACCAGAGAUUUCUGAUGUGCAAAUGAUUCUAAACAAUUACUUAUUGGACUGGGAGUAUAUUAUUAAAAAAUACAUUGGAAUAAAAAUAAAAAAGCAACAGCCUUUUUUGAUAUUUAUAGUUUUCUAAUGAUUUUAAAAGAUUUUGGAGCAUAAAGUACAAUUAAUUUUGAUUGUUGAAAUAAGCCCUUACAUUUAUAAUAGUCAUCAAAGUUUAGCUGUGCAACCAGUCACACUACACUAUGAGUCUUUCAUAGAUUAUUAGAAAUUUAUGUAUGAGAUCAACUCAUAUACUGUUCUUCAGCACCUUUUCUUAACAUUCAUUUAGCAGUCUCUGUUCUGUUAUCUGCCCUUUGUGUUUCCAUGGCAGGGCUGUGCCUUUUUAUCAGUCUGCUGUUAUUGUGCUUUGCAGAAUGUGGAAAGUUGCUGGUGGUACCAGUUUUUGGUGGGCACUGGGCAGGCAUGAAACCUUUGGUUAACAAGCUGGGUCAGGCUGGACAUGAACUUGUCGUCCUUUUGCCAGAAGUCAUGCAUGUUGAUACUUCUCAGCUAUAUCAAAUUAGGGCAUUUCCAGUACCUUACACAAAAAUGCAGAUGGAAGGUUAUAUUCAAGAUAUGCAGGAUGACGCAUUUGACCAAAGAUCAUUUUGGGAAAGAUUUCAGAAAAGCAUGGAGAGAUCAAGCAAUUUCAUCAAAUUCUUUUUUACGGUCUGUGAAAGUCUGCUGAUGGACAAAGAACUAAUGAAUUUGAUAAAAGAGGAGAGAUUUGAAGCAGUCUUAUCAGACCCCUUUACACCCUGUGGAUCAAUACUUGCAUACUAUCUGUCCAUACCAUUGGUUAACAUCAUGCGUGGAAUUCCCUGUGGCCUCCUCUAUCAUGCAUCACAAUGCCCCAGCCCUCCAUCUUAUGUACCAAGGAUGCUUACGCAGUUGACUGACCAUAUGACAUUUUUACAGCGCACAAUUAACUUUCUUGCAAGUCUAAAGGAUUUGGUAUUAUGCAAAUUUAUCUACUCUUCAUUUGAAGAUUUAGCAAAAACUGUCCUAAAUAAGGAAAUAACAAUCCAAGAGGUACUUGGCUAUACAUCCAUAUGGUUGCUAAGGUAUGACUUUGUCUUUGAGUAUCCAAAACCUCUGAUGCCAAACAUGAUUUUAGUAGGUGGGAUUAACUGCAAGCCAAAUGAAAACUUGUCCCAGGAACUUGAGAGCUUUGUAGACAGUUCUAAUGACCAUGGGAUAGUGAUUUUCUCCUUUGGCUCCUUGGUUUCUGAAAUCCCUGAGGACAGAGCCAAUCUGAUUGCCGAAGCACUUGGAAAAAUUCCACAGAAGGUACUAUGGAAAUACAGUGGGAAGAUACACUCCAAUGUUUCAACAAACAUCAAGCUAGUUGACUGGCUUCCACAAAAUGAUCUUCUGGCUCAUCCAAAGACAAAAGCAUUUAUCACACAUGGAGGGUCGAAUGCGGUAUAUGAAGCCAUCUGUAAUGGAGUUCCUCUGGUUAUGUUGCCAUUGUAUGGGGAUCAGCUGACCAAUACUCAUCUUAUUGCAUCUCGAGGAGCAGGCAUCUCCUUAAGUAUUACCGACAUGAGUUCCCAGGAUUUAGUGGAUGCAUUAGAUUCUGUCAUUAAUGAUACACGAUAUAAGGAAGCAAUGAAAAAACUAUCAAUAUUACAUAAAGACAGGGCUGUAGAACCUCUUGACCUUGCUGUUCACUGGGUAGAGUUUGUAAUGAAACACAAAGGAGCAAACCACCUGCACCCAGCAGCACAUGAGUUGAACUGGAUUCAGUACCACUGCCUUGACGUCAUUGGAUUCCUUCUAGCCAUUUUGCUAGGCACUACUUUCCUCGGGUUUAAAUGUUGUUUGUGCUGUUGUAGGAAGUGUCCGUAUAACAGAGUGGCAAUAAAAAAGCCAAAAUCUGAAUGAUUAAUAUAGUAACCUUGCAUUCCUCCAUGACAAAUGUUUUCUAGUAGACUGUGUCACUGCUGAAUUAUGAAAUGAAAAUUCAUGUAUAAUAAAAGGAAAUAGUAAAGCGCAUCAUUGGAGUACAAAAGGUGUGAUAAAGGGUAAGAUACAAAUUGUGAUGGAUCUUUAGAAAAGUUGAUAAGGAUUAUAAAAGACUCAAGGGUGUAAUUUCCCAUAGUUUUCAUUUGAUGGGAAGGCAUGACGAGUACACAGAUAUUCACUUGAGAGUUCUGUGGUAUAAGUGCUUGUAUUCUUAGUGUACACAAAAAAUGAUGGAAAUAAACACAUACGUACCAUUCACACACGUGGUACUGCAGACACAGAGAUUAUCCAGAAGACAGAAAAUGGUAAAAAUAAUUUUUACUUUUAUGUAUAUUAAUGCUGUAGUUAACAGUCAUCAUGUAGUUAGCUUAAUGCAGAAGAGUUUUAACUGUGGAAAACAUCACUCAUUUUCUCAGUCUUUGAUUCAGUGUUGCAGGCAUAUUGGAGCCUAGCCAGAUGCUCAGUGGCUGAAAGGUAUAGAAACUAAUCCUGGACAAGGCACCAACUAAUUGCAGAAUGCACAUAUAAUUAGUCACACCUGUAGGCAAAUUUGGAGAAUAGCCAGUCCACCUAUUGUGUGUCAGGGUCUUGGAGGAAUCUAGAAUACCUACCAAAAAUCUUCACAGACACAUGGAGGACAUGCUGACUCCACAAAGAAGGUGCCUGUUUGAGAAGCAAACUGGAUAACCAAAUGCAGUGGGACAGCAGCACUAAGCCUUCAGCAUCUGUGCCACAACAAAAUAUAAAUCUUUUUAAUGAAUUAUACACAUCUUAAAAACAUUUUUUUUAGUAAUACCAGAUAAAUUAGAAGAAAUGUUUUACAAGCACAAUCCUGUUUCAAUAACUCGAAUAUUUUGAGCACUGUAUUAGGCACUGGCAUUGUUUGGUUAUUCUUUCAUAUGUAAAAUAAAUUGCAGUACCCAGCUUACAUAUGUAAUCUCAAUUUGAGAGGUACACAAAAAUGUGCAAUCAGUUACCUUUACUAGUAUAUGCCCAGGUUAUAUGUUUUCUUUCCACAGUGCAGGUGUAUUGUAUUGUUUCUGCUCACUGAUUUUACAUAGACAAAUUUAAUGGUUAGACCUGACAGCCAAGGCUUCCAUAUAUAUUUAUUUUAGUUGAGUACUUGAUACAUAAUAUGUCAGUUUUGAUUCACUGAGUUGAAAACAAGUGAAUCUUGGAGAAGGACUUUAAAAUGGUCUUGUAAGGGGCAUGGAGCAAGUCUGACCAAUUCCUUUUAUAAUGUGCAAAGCAUCAAAACUUGAUGUAGUAUGUCCUAUGAAAUGUACCUUAAUUAUAAGCCAUGUGAUCACCCUAAUUGUACCCAUAUAUGUAUAUCUGUCUCUACAUUGAAACUCAAAUUAUGAUAUUGUUAUAUGCUUGUUGUACAGAACUUUUUGAGCACAAUAAUGCUAUACAGGUAUCCAUGCAGUGAAAGUGAAUUAAUAAAAUUAAACAAGAAUUAAACAGUGGUAGUAUACAUUUGAUUUAUGCAGCAUAUUUCUACAUUGUUUUGACUCCUUACUAGCUUAAUACCUGUCACCGAGUCUCUCCUUCCUUCCCUUUUUUCCAUCCAUAGCUCUCCACAUUACCACAUAGAGUGGUCACAUCUCUUUAGUGGGGAUCUGCCUCCAUCUAGCCUAUAUCAUUUUUAAACCCAACAGAGAUGAGACAGCUGUCCUGUGAAAAGACAUAUUUGGUUAGUUCUGGGCUUUAUUGCUGCAGUCACAGUUCCACUUCCUGAUUGGCCUGUACCCAGAGUGCCUAGGCAGGGCCUGUUAGGCUGGUAGUGAUGGCAUGCAGCUGGUUGUUUACACACACAGCUCUCAGCUGCAAUGCUACACAUUGUUUGCCAGACCUUAGUACUUACCACUUGGUCAUGCUAUGGCCAUAACCACAUGACAUUGAAGCACCUACACCCAAUGACCUCCCUCACCCUGGGAAGGGGGAACUAAUUCUUGUUACUCACUAAUAGCCCCUUUGAAGAGCUGAAUCAACACAUGGGUUGCUAAUUGAUCCUUCUGCAUUAUUUGGCCUACCUUCAGGCCUCUACCACACUUUAACAUACAACCAGUUGUCUGCAGCGAAGGGUUCAUCUUGAGCUGCUCAUUGUUAACAUUCUUCACUUGAGUUCUCUCUAUGCACUAAUGUGCUUUCAGUAGUGCAAGUAAGUUUCUGACUUGUACUUAAGCUGUAUGCAAGUCAUAUGUUCACUGCACAUUUUAUGUUUAACCUAAAACAUACAAUAUAAAAACAGUGUUAUGGCUACAUUAAGCUGUAAUUUGGUAGUUUCAUUUCCAGUAUAUUCCAAUGUUUUAUGUUUUUCUUGGAGAUGAUAGCACUUUUUUAUUCUUUCAUUCUUCCUCAUUUAAUUGAUAGCAGAAAGUAGGUUUGCACUGGAAAAGAAGUAAAGAUUAUAAAAAUGUAAUACAUCAAAAAGUUAGAAACACAUAUAACAAGGCAACACAUACAAUACAGAGCUGAGGUGAUGUGUAGCAUUGCAGGGAUAUGGAAAACUAGAAAAUUAGCUACUCUAAAUAAGUAGUGGGCUGAAUUAUAAAUAGCAUUAACAGUUAUUACCAGCCCUCUUUUCUGUUAGUCAUGAUGUGUACAGUUGUACUGAAAAAAAAGAAAUAUGGUAUAUGUCAUGACAUUUUAAUAGAAACAAUAUUCAACCUUCCUUAAAAUACUGUAAAAGAAAAAAUGUAUUGUAAGAAACGGUGUGAAACAAUAAAAUAAAGUAAAAUUAUGCAAUGGUU